GGAAACGCUGGGUGCGUUUGCUACAGGAUUACUGAGCGGUCUCUUUCAGUGUCUCUGGUUUUCUUCUUCUUUCUUUGUAUCGGGAGAAGAAGAAGAAAUAGCACAGAAAGAGAGGCAAGAAGAGUAAGAGAUUGAAAGUUGCCAAUCAACAUGUUUCUUCAAAGCUGAGAUUUUUUAUGAUUGGUAAGCAACGGUAGACGAGGAAGAAGGAAGGCAGAAAGAAGGGAGGGGAAAAAGAGAGUAAAUUUUAGGGUUGGGUGGAAGCUGGAAUCGAAAGAUUGAAUCUUUCUGUUAAUCUUGUCCGGUAAUUUUCCUGGUCAAUUUAGAACAACUUUUUGUGGCUGGGUGGAAAGGGCCAAUUUUUCAACGAAUUUUCUGCGGCUGAUUUCUUGCUCCUUCAGUUCCGAUCAGAACCCGCUUCCGAUCGGCGAAAGUAAAGAUAAAAACUUGUGGGAACCGGUUCUUGAUCUCGAUUCCGGUUUCUCGCCGGAUAACGGCGAUCGCUGUACGCUCGAUGGCGGGCAAAUCCGACUCGUUGGAUUAUUGGAGAAAGUUUUUCCGCAGUGCGAACUCGGAUAUAUUUGAGGUGAUCGAGCAAGCGAUCGUCGUGGCGGCGGUGGAUUGCCCCAAGGAGUUCAGGAGCAGAAGGGAUCGGAUAGCAGAGAAACUCUUCACCUGCAAGUUUUCUCGAUGCGUUGGGUGCAAUAACGUGGAGCUUCAGGUUCCUGAUGAUGGUGAGGAUUUGGGGGAAGAGGAAGGAGGUGGAAGUGUGAAGAGGGAAGUGGGUGAGAAAGGUAGUAAAAUGGAUAGCUGUAAUGGUGAGCCUGAGGAUUUGAACAGGGGAGGUUUAAGCAAUUAUAGCUAUGAUGAGGCUGAAGCACUUACAGAUGUGAUGGAGGAGGAAAGCCAGAUAGUUGGGGAGGUUCUGAGGAUAAAGGAAGUUCUUUUCAACAAGCUGGAUGAGUCUGAUGCAGUCUUAUAUGAAUCUUUGAGGAGGCUGGAGCUGAUGCAACUUUCUGUAGAAACUCUCAAGGCAACUGAAAUUGGAAGGGCAGUGAACGGUCUGCGGAAACACAACUCCAAGCAGAUUCGCAACCUCGUUCGGACUCUCAUUGUGGGUUGGAAGGAGUUGGUAGAUGAAUGGGUUAAUGCUACUGCUGCAAUUGCUGAUCACUCUCCAGACUCUGUCAAUCCCUCUAUGGCAUAUGAGGAGGAGGGCCUGCCUUCUCCUCCAUUGGAUGAAGGAGCACUACUAGCCACACAGACCACUUCUAUUCAGCUUUCUGAGUUCUUUGAUGGGAUGGAUGAUGAUGGAAACUUCAGAACUUCUGGGGACUUGGACAAUAUCAGGGACACCGAAAGAACAGUUCCUCAAAACUGCGGACCUCCGCGGCGGCAAGAGCCCCCGCGGCGACCGGAAGUUCCAAUUGAGAAAGCACAGGUGAGCAAGCAGGAGAUUGUGGUUCGGCAAGCAAAGCCACAUGCAAUUCCUAGUGCUCAAUCAAAGCCUCAAGGCAUUGCCGACAAACCAACUGGCCCAGGCAGACCCCUAAAACCCUCUCCUGUACAAAAACCAAACACUCAAUUCUCAACUGUCCAGAGAAAACUUUCCAACGGUCCAAUCGAAAAAUCAAAGAAUUCCGAAGAAACAUCUGUUGAUGCCAAGCUUGAACAGGCAAAGAGGAGACUUCAUGAACGAUAUCAACAAGUAGAGAAUGCGAAGCGACAACGAACGAUACAAGUAAUGGAGAUAAGCGAUCUUCCGAAGCAAUUACAUAACCAGCGACCGUCGAACAUGAAGCCUAAGAACCAGCUUAGGAAUUGGGCAAAUGCGCGCCGGUGAUCUCGUCGAUCAUCCAACUGACAAAAACAUGCAGACAUCCUUUGGAACAAAGAGAACAUGAAAACCUCUUUGAGUUGUUUUAUGAGCAUCAGAAGCUGCAGCUGAGAUGAAUUCCAAAUUGUGGAACUUUGACCUCCUUCAUGAUCCCAUUUGAGAUGAUGAGCUCAAUUGUUGCAAGGUGAAGUUUAGCUAACCAAGUCUUAUAUCGUUUGAUCCUUGAAAAUAGAGACAGAGUAAAGAUGUCAAAUUUGCAUUUUGGAUAAUAAACUUUUUUUUUCUCUGAUUAUUGAUCUCUUAAUGGUUUUUUAUUUCUUUUUAUAAACUUUCUUACUAUCUAUGAUGAUGUAAGUGAGCAUAUAAAUUGCAUAUGCGACUUCUGUGAAUGUCAUUUUCUCCUUUUGCUGAA